AACACGGACAACUAUCGGCUACAGUGAUCCAGCUAUGUGACAUUUUGAUACAAAUGCCUCCAAUUUAGCAUUAUUUUAUAUUUUUGCUCAUAUAAUUAGUACACGGACAAAAAACUAUUAGCAAGUAUUAAACCGGACCGAUAUAUCUUAUUUUAUUCAUUUGGAUGAAGUGGUCUCCUCCACUGUCUUUCCCGACUCCGGAGCUGUCAACCGCAGUCGAAAAGGGAGGGUCAACAUGGCGUCUGAGCAGGAGAGUUCCAACGGGCCUGUGAAGAGGUCUAUGAGGGAGAAGGCCAUCGAACGGCGGACCACCAACAAGGAGCACAACAGCAACUUUAAGGCAGGCUAUGUGCCCAUAGAGGAGGAGCGCCUGCACAAGACAGGCCUGAGAGGACGCAAGGGCAACAUGGCUGUCUGCAUCAUCAUCCUGCUCUUCCUGCUAGCACUCAUCAACCUCAUUAUCACUCUAGUGAUCUGGACGGUGAUACGAAUCGGGCCUAGUGGUUGUGACAGUAUGGAGUUUCAUGAAAGUGGGCUGCUGCGUUUCAAACAGAAGGCAGACAUGGGCGUGGUCCACCCACUGCACAAGAGUACUGUGGGGGGCAGGAAGGACCAGGACCUGGUUAUCACCGGCAACAACAACCCGGUGGUGUUCCAGCAGGGCUCCACUAAGCUCAGUGUUGAGAAAGAGAAGACGUCCAUCACCAGUGACAUGGGCAUAUCCUUCACUGACCCCCGCACUCAGAACACCUUCUUCAGCACAGACUUUGAAAACCACGAGUUCCACCUGCCCAAAGGAGUCAAAGUACUCAAUGUGAAGAAGGCCUCCACAGAAAGGAUCACCAGCAACGCUUCCUCUGACCUGUCCAUCAAAGGGGACAGCAAGGCCAUCAUCCGUGGCAACGAGGGGGUCUUCAUCAUGGGCAAGACAGUGGAGUUCAGGAUGGGAGGGGACAUCGAGCUCAGAGCUGAGAACAGUAUUAUUUUGAACGGAUCUGUGAUGGUGAGCGUCACUCGCAUGCCUAACCCCCCAGUGGGGGCCAAUGUGUAUUUCGACGAGGGUCUGUUGAGGUACAAGCUGUGUAUGUGUGCAGACGGCACUCUGUUCCGUGUCCAGGUGAAGUAUCAGAACAUGGGCUGCCAGACCUCAGACAACCCAUGUGGAAAGGCCCACUAAAGAGACUGGAACACAAACUGAUGUUACACCAUCCAUCCUCUCCAACAAUCAACAGAUGGUCUGGCCAACCAGUGUUGAAAUACCUUAGAAUGGUGUACAGUGCAUACUCUAUAUGCAUUCAAAAUGUAGCACACCAAGAAACACACUCUUUUUUUAUGAUGGUCUUUUUGUUUAUCUGCAUAUUCACCUGGCCAAAUAUAUCUAAAUAAGUGCUAAAGUAUUAUCAUUGUUUUUUUCUGACUAUAUGAAGUAACAACAGAAGCAGCACUUUACCAAGCCAUCCAGUAUUACCAGUAUUCUGGAUAUUUCUAUUAAUCAUUAUUUUACAUUUAUAUUUCCGCUGGCAGCUGUUUGUGACUCAAAUACAAGUCACCCUGCAUUAGGCAUCAGCCACUGAUCACAUAGUGUGGGACACUAUAUUUAUUUAUUGAUUAUGGUUAAUUAAGGAGUUAUGAGUUGGAGUUAGUGGGAGAUGUGCGAAAUAGGAAAGAUAAUUUUAGCCAUUCAGUAUUGCUGAUUGCAGGAGAUAAUCUGUGCUUGUUUAAAGGUCUAGUGUAGAUUUUCAUGAGUUGACUCUCUGUUAGGAGAAUUCUAACAGACUCUCUCAGCACUCUACAUUGCUAUCUACAUCUGCCUUCUCAUCCUAUACGUGCCAAACACUGUCUCUGUGUCUUCACAAAGGAAGAGAUUAGAGUGUCUUUAGUUAUGAUGCCAAAUUGAAUUAAUUUCCAUGUGUCUAUAAUAUAUUGCCUAAUGUUCAGAAAAGGGAAUAUACACUAUAUAUACAAAAGUAUGUGGACACCCUUUUAAAUGAGUGGAUUUGGCUAUUUCAGCUACACCCGUUGCUGACAGGUGUAUAAAAUCGAGCACACAGCCAUGCAAUUUCCAUAGACAAACAUUGGCAGUAGCCUUAC